AUGACGGUGAUGGUCGGCCUCGCCGCGGGCGGGUCGGCGCCCCUGCUUUUCAUCCCCGGCUCACACCAUGUGAUGCGGGAGUUCACGUGCGAUGGCAGUGACAUGAGCCGCUUCCGCGCCGGCGGCGUGUUCGACGUGGGACGCGCCAUUCGCGGUAUCGCGCCACUGCGCGAGCUGCCUGUGGUGCAGCUGCAGCCGCUCGAGCCCGGCAGUGUACUGUUCAUCAACCACUACACGCUCAGCGCCGCGCAGCCGACAAUGUGUGGAUCGGCGGCCCACUACGUGCCGCCGUCCACCCGCACCGUGAAUGGGCCCUGCCAGUACGCCAUGACGCUGAUGCCGGACCGCUGCGUGUUUGAUGGCUUGCGCAAUUCGUGGGCGUCGCGCGACUCGCACGGCCCACUGCAUGCGUACGAGGCGGGGCAGCCACUAGUCGACGACGCCGUGUUCCCCAUCCUCCACAGAGCCCUUGAUGUGGAGUAG